ACCUCCAUAAUUAAUGUUUCUCUCAUAAUCUCCAAAUUAAAACACUAUUGACUGACAUUUCAUGCAUGAUGAAAUUUCUGUGCUUAUAGCAAAAAACGUUAUUUACUUUUCUCAGUGGUUUUAUUGUUUCUCAAUUUCAACUUUUUAGUGUUUAAAAUGAACAGAACAGAAGGACUAGUCUUGAGAAAAAAUGUUUCUCAUAACAUCGAAAAAACAAAUAGCAAAGAUGAUGAGCCUGAGAAACAUCAUUCCGAUGAAAAUGAAGAUGAAGAUGUAGAUUCUAAAGAAACUAGACUAACUUUAAUGGAAGAAGUGUUGUUAUUAGGUUUAAAAGAUAAGGAGGGAUAUACAUCAUUUUGGAACGAUUCCAUUUCUUCAGGUCUGCGUGGAUGUAUAUUAGUUGAAUUAGCUUUGCGUGGUAGAGUAGAAUUGGAAAAAGCUGGAAUGCGCAGACGGAGUCUGCUAAUGAGGAAAGUGCUAAUUAAAAAUGACUCUCCUACUGGUGAUGUUUUACUAGAUGAAGCUUUGAAGCACAUUAAAGAAACUGAACCUCCUGAAACCCUUCAGUGCUGGAUAGAUUAUUUAAGUGGGGAGACAUGGAAUCCUUUAAAGCUACGAUACCAACUGAGAAAUGUGAGGGAAAGACUUGCAAAAAACUUAGUAGAAAAGGGUGUUUUGACUACAGAAAAACAAAAUUUCCUGCUUUUUGAUAUGACAACGCAUCCUCUGACGGACUCUAGCGCCAAAACGAAGCUCGUUAAGAAGGUGCAAGAUGCCGUUCUCAGCAAAUGGAUCAAUGAUCCCCAUCGCAUGGAUAAGAGAGUCCUUUCGCUCAUCAUCCUGGCACACUCCUCUGAUGUAUUGGAAAAUGCAUUUGCUCCCCUUUCCGAUGAUGACUAUGAAGUUGCAAUGAAACGUGUGCGAGAGCUCUUGGAGCUGGACGUGGAAGCCGAAAGCAUGAAGCCUAAUGCUAACGAGGCCAUGUGGGCAGUGUUUGCUGCUUUUAUCAAAUGAGGAUUGGUUGCAUUAAUUUUUUUUUUUUUUAAAUUCCAGACAGAUGGUUUUCAUGUACACUCCUGGAACUUGCAAUCCUUUCCCAAACUCACCUAUGGUAUAUGUAUGUUCAGGUGAUUUUGUGCAUACCUUAUUUAAUCAUUCAGAUCUAAAUAAAAUUGAUAGAAAUUAAUUGAUCAGUAUUAUUUCUCGGCACUUGUGUUAUAUAAGUGUUUUAUUGAGGUGUUUUAAAUCAUAAAGUUUGGUAUUUGUCAGGCGGAUUAUAAGGAAUCAAUGCUUUUUAAAAUAUUUAUUAUCCUUUUUCAUAUAGUUUUAGACAGUUUAAACUCAUUUUUUGUAAUUUUCAUUUUGAUUCUUUCAUUUAAAUCGUUUUUUCUACCACAAAAUUGGAAAGUUGUAUCAGAGCAAAUAUUAUUUUUUGGAAUAUAUUUUAACGCUUAUGAAAUUUUCCAAAAAUUUAAAUGUGCAAAAAUUAUUAAUUUAUCAAUGAAACUCAUUCUUAGAACUGGAAAAGAUGCUAUAAUCAACUGUUGACUGUGUAUCGAUUUUUUUAAAGUAAAUUUUGACCUAACACUUUUAUUUUAUUUUUUUAGUUCUCCAAUCAAAUAGUUAAUUUUCUGUUUCUACUAAAGCCUUUUAUUUUUUUAGCCUUAAGGCUUUAGUAUUAGAAAAAUGCAAAAAAAAAAAAAAGAAAGAAAAGUUCUCUUCUAAAAGACCUGAUUUUAUUAUUAUUUUGAAUGAAUUACUUAGAAGUACUACUGUUCUGAAAAUUUAUAAGGAAUAAAAUGCUAAAAUAGAAAAACGAGUUAAUGUUUUUAUCAAUUUUUUAUCAAUGAAAUUAAUUAUGAAAUUGUAGUACUUUUUAAAAAUAUUUUUAAUUUUCAUAGAAUUUAUUGAUUUUCUUUUACAUUUUUUAAUGUAGUUUAUCUGAUUUUGAAAAUUUUUUCUGUUUAUAAAAUGUUUAGAUUAUGUUCUAAGCACUACUAUAUAAUUAGUAAUAAUAUUUGUACUCAAUUGGAUUUAAUUUGAUACCUUUUGUUUAAACUUUAUUUAAUAAAUUGAGUCCUUGUAAAAAAAAUUUUUUAAAAAAAAAUAAGUCAGAUAAAGUGAAAAAUCUCCCACAUUUUGAAACAUAGUGUUUCAUAUCAAUAUUCUAAUGAAGUUAAACUUUUACCAUUUAAUAACUGAACAUUUUAGUACACAUACAUAUAUUACCAUUUUCCAUCAAGUGACAAAUUUGAACUUCUUUGAAAAUGUCUGCCCUUUUACUUCUGUGUUCCCUUCACCCCCUAACAAAAUGAAAUAAGAAGUUUUGUUAAGUUUUAUACAAUGAGUUAGGCCUUUGGUUAAUGCUCUUGAACAUUAUACUAAUUGAUUCAACUUCUGUUUUGUUGUAAAAGCUGAAUAAUGAAAUCUGAAAUUUUGAGAACUGUAGAAAGAUUUAGGGAAAAAAUUUCUCUGAAAGCCAUUAUAGUUUUUUAUUUUAUUUGUCCUGUAAUAAUGAAUAAACUGGAAUAUCUGGGAGCAAUGUUAGAAAUACGGAGUCAUUAGGCUUAAUUUUGCAACCCAAACAUUUCUUUGUGACUUGUAGGUAUCCAAACUCGAGCGCCGAAUUUGAUGUCCAAAACUUUGGAUCAGGCUGGAUAUUUUAGCCCUUCACACAUGUUGAAUACCAUUUAUGUACUUGUUUUAUUAAAACUGGCAUCUAGAUUUUUUUUUUUUUUUUAACAAUCUGGAAACUUUACGCAUCAACGUGAUGCCUAGAUUUAAAAAGGAUGGGUGGAGGACUUCUAUUAUUGAAAAAGAUCAUGUAAAAUGCAAAGAUUUUGUAUGCAUAAAAAACUGAAAAAUAUGUGUGAUGCUAUCAAGCUUUUCCCAAUUUGAAAUUUUUUGAGUUGGGGGAAUGAAAAUUUUGAAAUUUCUACUGCUUUAUUCAUUGGCUAUUUACAUCCCUGAUCAUUAAUGAAAAUAAUAUUUUGAAUUAAAUGAAAUUCAUUUCUUCAAAAUUGUGACGCAUUAAUUGUAACAAUUCAUGUUAAAUCAUUACAAUUGAUGCAUGAUUUUAGAAAUUAAAAUCUUUUUAUAUUUUUAUGAUCAAAUAUGAAAACAAUAAUUAAGUUUUGUUUCUUCAAUUCAUUUGGCUGAACAUGUUUUCUAACCUUUGUAUGAUUUGUUCAUGAUGUAUUUGUUACUGGCAAUUUGAAAUUCAUUGUUUAAUAAAAUGCCAAGGCUUUCUAUAAGUGCCAUGAUACACUCCAUAGAAUACCUACUUCUAUUGAAUGCUAAAUUUCAUACUUUGCCAGUUAUCAUAUACACUAGUAAACAUCAAACAUAUCUCAUAAACUAUAAAUUUCAUGAUUUUAAAUCAUUACAUUUUGUGCAGUAAUUGUGAAAUAUUCUAUUUUCAAAAUAGUAUGGUUUUCCGAUUUUUCCAACUUGUGCAGUUUUUCUGUAUACUGAUGUAAACCUGAAAUUAUUCAGUUUUUAAAGCAGUGUUUGUGUGCAGUAAUUAACUGGACAUUGCAAUUUUCAGGGGUUCUUGAGUUUAAGAGAAAAUUCAAAUUAAGACUUACUUUUUUGUUAAUAUCUAAAAAAGGGAAGGAAAAUGAAUUAUCUGUGAAGAUGUUAAGAUUUAACACUAGCAAAUUGUAACCUGAUUUUCAAACUGGUUACAAUCGCCCCUGAAAUUUCUAAUGCCUUUUCUUUUUUCUGAUGCAAUCAAUCUCUCAUGGUUGACUGAUAUCAUAUGGUUCAUGGGUAGUCACUUCCAUACAUAAGGUGCUUUUGUUUUCCUCUCAUUAUUAAAAAAUGUUGCGCAAUGUGUGCUCAAAUGUAGGUAACACGUCUUUAAAGGUGAAAGUUAUGUGCAGUUGGGGUUUUCACGUGUUUUUGUGUUUUAAAUAUAGCAUUUAAUCUGUCCUGUCUUCAAUCAAUGUAAAAUUUUAUGAUUUGAAAUAUGUUUCAUAACAUUAGUUUAAAAUUAAAAAUCUUACAAUGAAAGAAUAUUUUGGCAAGAAAGAGGUUUGAGUAACAAAGAAAAAAAGCACUUAAGAACAAAAUGUGUGUUGUAUAUGUAUAUAAUAUUGUUAAUAUCUAAAUACAAUCUUCACACAUUGUAUUAUAUACAAUGUGUGAAACAUUUGCUUAAAAUAUGGGUGGUCGGGGAGAGGUAGGGGAUGGUAGGGGAUAAUUUUAUCAAAAAAUAAAUAAAAAUACUGAUACAAAAUUGAACUGAGUUUACAUUUUUUUUUUCUUUUUGUGAAUAAUUGUAUUAGUAUUUACUUGUGUCAAUUAUGAUUGGUUAACAUUCUAAUGCAUUCUAUGCUCAUAUUUGAGAAAUAUACUGGAUUCCUAGGAACUCAACUCUUUUUCAAUUUCUUCUUUUAUAUAUAUUGUCGCCUCAGAGCAACAGUAAGAUAUCUAAUCCCUGAAAUAACAGUAAAAUAUACUACUGUUGCUCUGAGGCGACAAUAUAUUGCUUGUACAGUAAGUUCAGUUUUUAAAUAGGAGAUAUGCAUAAUUUGUUUGCCUGAAAAAUGCAAAAAAAAAAAAUAAUAAUAAUAAUAAAUACAAUUCAUGUUAUUGUCUUAGGCAUGUGUCACUAUAUGCAGAAAAUGCAUGUAUUGGUGUUUGUAAAUUCUUUUUUUUUUUUUUUAAUUAUUCAAGAGCAAAGGACAUUAAAAGAUAAUUGAUUCUUUUUUAUUUGGCUUUUCAUGCCCAACAAAACGUGAGGAAUUAAAAGGAACAGAAUAUAACAAAAUAUAUAUCUUGAAAUGUUAUCAGUCUUAAGAAUGCAUAGCAGAAUUCAAUACUUCAAAUUUUUUAACAUUGUUUUUUAUACAAUCUGACCAUGCCAACAUAAGUUGGAAUAAUGAGUUGCCUGACAACCAAGUCAUUGAAUAUAUUGUUUAAGUUUUAUGUAAUUUUAUAGAACAUCAAAAAAUAUCUUUGUACAGUCUCCAGUAAAAAGAAUAACAAUUGAUUAAAAAUAAAUAUUGUGUUUGAAAAAAAUUCUAUUAAAAAAGGGGUUUUUUUUUCCAAAAUUGUCUCAGAUUUUAUUAUUUUUUCACUAAAAUGUUUCCAAUUUUUUGUGUUUACAUCAAUCAAAUUGUUAAAGUAUGUGACUUAAUGUGUUAGGUUAAAAAGAAACUAAUGUAUGUAUACAUUGCAAAAUGUUACAAAUACUUAAGGGGACCUUUUCAAAACAAAACUUCAUUUGUCUAUAGUUUUUGCAAUGUAAGUUGAAGAAAAACAGCAUACUAAAGCACACAUAUGCAAUGAAAAUUAUAUGUUUUUUGUUUAAGAAAUCCUUUCUUAAGUACAUAAAAUUUGAUACAUGAAAAAUGAGUUUUGCUCUUUUUGGCUGCAGAGAUUUUGCUUUGUCUUCUUCUAUCUAUAUUCAAUGCAAAGUAAUCAGUUACAAUUUAUUCACUGCAAUUUGAGUUUGGUAAUGGAUUUAAAAUAUGUACCAUACAAACUUCCUAUUAUGGGAGCAUAGAGUAUUAGGAUCAAAUUUCAGAAAUGAGAAAUUUGAUCGUAAUGCUCAAAGGAAGGUCAACAAAAAAAAAAAAACCUUUUUCAUCCGCGGCAAACCAAUAAAACUAAGUAAUAUAUUCAGAAGUUGUUGAAAAUAUUAUGAUUUUAUUACGGUGUUUGGAGCAGUUAAGUUGAUAUUGAAGAUAAAUUGAUUGCCUUUCUCAGCUUCCAAUGAAUUAGGUUGCAUGACUGUUAAGUGUACUCUCCUUUUCCCCCAUGUGGUUAAUUGUUUACUCUAAUUAGGUACGUCUAUUUUUUCAUGCAGUUUAAGUUUCACUGUGACAGUACUUAAAAAUUCAUUUAAACUAGCAGUCGUCUUCAUUAUUUUACUAUAUAUUUUGUUUAAUUUUUUUUUUCUGUACUUCCUAAAAUAUGAGUGCAUGUAGAGUGUGAGUCAAAAUUUAAAAUUAUAUCUACCUUUUUUUUUUCACUCUAUUUUAUUAUCACAUGUGUAUACGUUGAAAGUUACAAUUUUCAAAUUCCACUAAAUUGCUCAAAAUCUUAUCCAUAUACAUAAAUGGCUACUUCUGUAUGUAAGGAUGUCCGAGAUAAACUUCAAAACUACUGGACAGAUUUUAAUUAUUUUUUCACCACAGAUAGCUACAUUAUUAGGGAGCAACAUAUUCUAUAAUUUAUUUCUAAAAAACUUAAGUUUAAAAAAGUUAAGAUGGAAAACAGUAAAUUUCAUGUAUAUUCCCUAUAAAAGGAUUAAAUAUAAAACCCAUUGUUACAAAAAGUCGUUGCCUUACAACAGCAAUAUUAAUAGUAAUCACAUUGAAAGUUUUGAAUCAAGGCUUCUCUGGAGCGAACAUGAGUUUAAAAUCAUUUAAACAUUCAGAAACUUUACUUUUUGCACACUUAGGAAAACAUAGCAGAGAGCUUUUUUUUCUUUUUGUAUGUGUUUACUAUUUAAUUAAAUAAAGUGCGCUUUUUUUUAGUGAUCUUUGUUUUUGUUAGCUCAUAUUUUGGAAAUUCUUCAAAUUUUUAUAUGCUUAAAUGUUGUGCUUUCGUUUCUAACAGAAUAAUAUUUCGUUAGGUUAUGAGUAAGGAAGAAGCUUGAUUUUUAAUCACGUCAAAGCGGUGCAUUUUGACUUCUUUCAGUUAACACAGAAAACAAAUGAAAGUAGCAACUGUUUAUCACAAUUAUUACUGACCCAGGCAACGCCGGUAUUUUUGCUAUUUUGAAAUUAAUUGUUUUAACAGAAGAACAAUAAUAUAUGUUAAAAAAUCAAGUACAAUAAUUGUUCACUUGAUAUUAAAGCUUAAUGAAUGCUUUAUUACAUUUACUAAAACAAAAUACACAAGUGUUCUGUUAGAAUGCGUAUCAUUUCUGGUUUAAACUCUAUCCAAGCUUGCUCUAUGAGCAAUUGCGGUCUCAGCCGUUGAACAAUUGUACCAUUUCAAUAAAAAUAUUCCUGUAUGAAUUCCUUCUUUAUAGAAUUCAGUACUGAACGUUGGCCAGUUCAAAACUAAUGCAUUGGUUGAUCAAUAAUUUGAUAUAUGGUUUGAAGCAUUGUCCAUGAAAAAAAGAAAAACGAUUUCAAGUUUGUUAAAUGCUUUCAUGUGCACCUAUGUUUGUUAACUGAUGUUUUAGCUUUGUGUAGUGAGUUUUGUCAUCGUGUUUUAAUUUUUAUUUCCAUAAUUUAGUUGCAAAAUAUUUUAUUAACAAAAUUCUACUAUACCAAUUUUUGAUCAGUUGUUUCUUUUUUAUUCAAGUUUAUUUGUGGAGAAUAUUUUGUUGCAUCAAGAGUUAAAUGCUUUGCUUUAUAUAGAACAAUUUUAAAAUUAAUGUAGAAUAUUCUAGUCCUCUUUCUUUUGUAUAUUUGUUUUUAUGUUCUAUCACUUUGUAUAUGUAUACUAAUAUAGCAAUUGGGAAGCAAUGUUUUAUAUUUUGAAGUGGAAUGUGGUGCGAUAUUUGAUGUUUAUAAAAGAAGAAUGACGGAUAUUAAAAGAAUUGUAAAUAUUCACAUCAAAAUGAGAAUCUUGGUGAAAAUUAGCAAGUACCAAAUGCUUUUUGAAAUUAUGAUGUAUAAUAAAUAAUAAACUUAUUUUGUUGCA